AUGGAUUUUACACUGGAGCCCAACGUGACAGCACUAACGGACUACUACUAUCCUGACCUUAUCUCAAGCCCCUGUGAAGGAGAACUUAUCCAGAGAGAUAGCAACCUUCUCCUUGCCGUCUUUUACUGCCUUCUGUUCGUAUCCAGCUUUCUGGGAAACAGCCUGGUCAUCCUCGUCCUCAUCACCUGCAAGAAGCUGAGGAGCAUCACAGAUGUGUACCUCUUGAACUUGGCCCUGUCUGACUUGCUCUUCGUCUUCUCCUUCCCCUUCCUGACCCACUAUCGCCUGGACCAGUGGAUCUUUGGGAGCGUCAUGUGCAAGGUGGUCUCCGGGUUCUAUUACAUCGGCUUCUUCAGCAGUAUGUUCUUCAUCACGCUCAUGAGCGUGGACAGGUACCUGGCCAUUGUCCACGCCGUGUAUGCCAUGAACGUGAGGACGGCCACUGUGGGCACUGUCCUGAGCUUUGCAGUGUGGCUGACGGCCGUCGUCGCCACCAGCCCGCUGCUGGUGUUUUACCAGGUGACCUCGGAAGACGGCUUUCUGCAGUGCUACCUGUCUUACAAUCAGCAGACGCUGAAAUGGAAGAUCUUCACCUACUUUGAGAUUAACAUCUUAGGUCUGUUGAUUCCCUUCACCAUCCUCAUCUUCUGCUACGUGAGCAUCCUGCACCAGCUGAGGAGGUGCCAAAACCAGAACAAGACCAAGGCCAUCAGGCUGGUCCUCAUCGUGGUCAUCGCGUCUCUGCUCUUCUGGGUCCCGUUCAACGUGGUCCUCUUCCUCACCACCCUCCACAACAUGCACGUCUUGGAUGGGUGUGUGAUGAACCAGCGGCUGAUUUACGCCACUCACGUCACAGAAACCAUCUCGUUCAUUCACUGCUGCGUCAACCCCAUUAUCUAUGCUUUCCUGGGCGAGAAGUUUAAGAACUACCUCUCAGAAGUGUUUCAGAAAAUCUGGAGCCCCUUCCUUGUCUGUGUGGGGAGACAAGUCUUCAAAGAGGGCUUGGAUAGGUCAUCAUCUUGCCAUCAGCAGUCGUCUCGUUCAUCCAGCGUGGACUACAUUCUCUGA